UUGCCUUUAUACCCAGCAUCUCCUUUCCUAAAUUUAGAUGUAAAGUCUGCCUCCCCCUUCAUCUCAGACACACUUCCCAUUAGAAUGGAGAGAGCUUGCAAUCAGAGACAGUGUGUAACCAAACCCAGCACAGGCAGGUAAGGGGAGCCGCAGUUAGGCAAGUACCCCAAAGGCAGAGGUAGUGCUCUGGUUACCCGGCGCUAUGGGAGCAUACAUGAGCAUUGUCUCUACUCACUUCUAUUUAUGUGCAGGAGACAGAGGUGAAGAGCAGAGUUCCAAAUGAGGUGAAGAAAAAGAGAAAGGCAGGAUUAGAUACCUUGCAGGUUAGAGAAAGGCAGAGAGGGAAAAGAAGAGGAUGGGAAGAAAAAUCGUCAGGGAGCGGUUUAAGAUUACAAAGGGGAGCAUCAUUCAUAGCUGGCUUGAGUUGUGAUAGACAGCUUAUGCUUUUAGACGAUUGAAGCGGUCCUCCAGUUUUCUAGGGCCUCUGAGGAUGUUCUCCAUCCCUGCUUAAACUUGCUUUUCACAAUCUAGAGUCUGAGGUACACAGAAAGGUAAAGCACAGUGUAAAGCUAGUUGAUAUGAUUGAUCCAAACAUAUUAUAGGCAAAGAAGCCAAAGGGAGGAACAGACAACACCCAAGAGAAGUCAAGUCUUGGGGAACCAAAUGAUUGAGCCUUCGGGGUAAAUAACAAGUCAUGCAAGAACAGGGGUGAAGCUGUUCAGCUGGAGAGACGAGGGAAAGAGGGAUAUAGGCUUCACAAGGCGAGCUAAGCAGUCCAGAGCAAAAUUAGUCCACAGAGAAAGAGGGGGCUGACACUGGACAGAAAAGAGAUCAAGGCUGACUCAAGUCUCUGCUGCCUCUAACCUGAUUAGGGAGAACAGGAGCGGUGAAGGAGCUGAGUUCGGAGACCCGAUCAGCAGAAAGUUCAAGCCAGCAAGAAAAGAAGAAAAAAGAGAAGGAAUUACAAGAGGGAGCCUGACGAAAGAAGCCUCUUAAAUCUGGGAGCUGGAAUUGGAGCCGCAGGAACUGCAGAGGGGAAGCCACAAAACCGCAGUGAAGAUGCCUGCUAACGGAAACCAUCCCUUGAAGUUACAGUUUGGUCUCAUCAAUCAUGAGGGUCGUUACCUCACUGCAGAAAACUUUGGUUUCAAGCUGAAUGCAUCAGCUCCAAGCCUAAAGAAGAAGCAGAUAUGGACUCUAGAGCAAGACUCCCAGGAGACCCAAGUUGUGUAUUUACGCAGUCAUCUGGGACGCUACUUGGCUUCUGACAAAGAUGGCAAAGUCACCUGUGAGGCAGAUGGCCAUAACUCCGACUGCCGCUUCCUCAUCAUACCGCAGUCAGACGGCCGCUGGGCCCUCCAGUCUGAGCAAUACCUCCGCUUCUUCGGUGGCUCUCGUGACUACCUGUCUUGUUUCGCUCAGAUAAUCACAGAUGCCGAGCUUUGGGCAAUGCACCUGGCUCUGCAUCCGCAAGCCAACCUGCUGUCUGUCGCCCGUAAGCGCUAUGCCCACCUCUCUACGGAGGAUGGGGAAAUCGCCGUGGACAGGAACAUUCCAUGGGGUGUUGAGGCGCUCCUGACUCUCGUCUACCUGAACGGGAAGUACUGCUUAAAGACCUGUGACAGCCGCUUCCUCAGCAGCGAUGGAAAGCUGCUGAAAGAGAAUGGGAGGGCCACAGCAUACACACUGGAGCUGAAGUGUGGGAAGCUUGCCUUUAAAGACUGUGAGGGAAAAUAUUUGUCUCCCAUGGGCCCCACAGGGACCCUGAGGUCAGGACGAUGCUCCAAGCCAGGCAAAGAUGAACUGUUUGACUUGGAGGAGAGCCACCCACAAGUGGUUUUGAUAGCAGCUAAUGGCCGUUAUGUCUCCAACAGACAAGGAGUAAGCCUGGCCGCUAAUCAAGAAGACGAAACUGACAUGGAGACGUUUCAGAUGGAGAUCGACAGGGACACCAAGAUGUGCACCUUCCGAACCAGCCAAGGUUUCUACUGGGCCCUGGUGGCUCACGGCGGCGUCCAGAGCAUCGCCACACAAGUAUCUGCAAACACCAUGUUUUCAGUGGAAUGGCUUAGCCACAAGGUGGCGAUAAAAGCAAGCAAUGGCAAAUACAUCUGCACCAAGAAGAAUGGCCAGUUACUGGCAGUCAGUGACACCAUAGGUGAGGACGAGCAGCUCACUCUGAAACUGAUCAACCGGCCCAUGCUGAUCCUGAGAGGGGACAACGGCUUCAUCUGCCACCACAGGAACUCCAACACGCUGGACGCCAGCAGAUCAGUCUACGACAUCUUCACCCUGAAGUACAGCAGUGGAGCCUAUCACAUUAAAGGUGUGGAUGGGCGGUUCUGGUACGUGAACAGCGGCGGGCUGGUGUGUGCAGACGGCGAGGCUCCGGAGGAUUUCACCCUGGAGCUCCUGGAGCGUGGCCGGCUUGCCAUCAGAGGGAAAAACGGAAAAUACCUACGCGGAGACCAGGGAGGGACGCUGAAGGGAGACGGACUGAGCCUCAGCAGCUCGGCUCUGUGGGAAUUCUAGAGCGAACCAAUACGAGACCCAACUGUUCUGCCAGGCUCGGAGAUUCAGAGGAGAGUCUCUAAAGUUUCCUGGUGCUGAAGAAGGGGUUGGAUGUUCAGCUGAAGAAGAGCUGGAGGAGAGACCAUGCAGUAUGAUCAGCCAACAGAAGUAUUUUCCAAGAUCUGUAGCCUCAAAAUUAGCCUGAAUAAACAUUAGUUUGGUGUUUUUCUUUUAGAUUGUUUUCCAGUAGAUACUUGAUGCAAGAAGAAAUUCAUGUCUGAAACUGUAGAAAUAAAGGCAUUCAGUCAUAAGUGGAAAUUUUCUCUUCUUUGCCUUCACUUUAUGCUAUUAAAAUCGGGCGCUAACAGAUGUAGAAGUUAAUCAUGGGUACAAAAUAAAUCUCAAACUAAUUUAGGGAUUAAGUGAUGUAUUUCAGGCUGGUGUGAUCAUAACAGACUCCAAUGUUUUUUUUUCAGAACAAGAAUCUAUGAACACAAGAGCUUCUGUAAUUUCUAAAUUUCAAAAAAUUGUUGCUGGGAAAACCCACUUAUUGUAUCAAACAACAAGCUUCCAGGAGAACUUUGAAUAUUUGAUCACCCAAAUGAUAGUUCACGUUUAAAUGGGUUUGCUUCCUGGCAAAGAACCAGCUUUUAAAUCCAGUUCAUCCAUUUUUGAUAAGGCUGAGGUUUGGGCCAUAUUAAUAACCUGCGCUGUCCAUUCCACGUGUGUUUAUAGGCUUUUAUUUCACGCUGAAGUUAAAGAAUUUCAAAUGGUCCUCCUUUAUCAUACCACCAAAAUUCUGAUCUGAUUACAGAAAGUCCAAGACAAAUUUACGAUUGUGGAGUUUAAAAUGCAUCACUGGCCAAGUUUUCAUUACAAAUGCUCGCAAAACUUUGUUAAUAUUCCACUAAUAUAAAAAAAAACAACACAAUUUUGCUAUUUUGCCGUUUUCAUUGAAUAUGAAACGCAAUUCAAAUCAGACGUGAUUAUCCUCCUACCACUUCCCCAGAUAGCACAAAAUGUUAAAUCAACGUUG